AUGAAUCCCGGCGUGCGCAUCUGCUGGCCUGGCCUGCUCUCCCUUUCAUCUUCCCCUCCUCCUCCCACACAAAACGUCUGGAGGACCAAUUGUAGAGGCGAUGAGAUAGAAACACUGCCAGGCUACCCCGGUGCUAAGAGGCUUAGAGCCCCUGAGCCUAUCAGAGCAUGCGGGAGGCAGAUCGUCACCGAGGACCGAAAUCCAGGAGAGCGCUGCAGAUUGCGUGGCUCCCAUGGCAGCGUGGACCAGCGGCUGCUCCCCAUGGAGAUGCUGCUGGAGGCUGCUCCCGCCCCCGGGGGCGGGGGUGAGACAGCGCCUCCCCAGCCAGGGCACCUGCGGCCUGGAACGGCUGCCAGGCUUGCCCUGCCAGGCUUGCCGGAGCAGAUGGGAAUCCAGGGGAAAAGCGAGGCUCGCUCAGACGCUGAAUUGAUGGCGAUGGGGCCCGCAGGGCAGGGGCGGGAGGGGCUCCGGGUUGGCCAUUCCCUCGCGAGGGGCUCUCCAUGA